CCAAGAUCCACUAUUGCAUUACAAACUGUGAGAAAGAGAAAAACACAGCAUCAAAAUAUGGGUGUUUUUGUGAAGAUAAUCGACGGGUUUCUCUUUGUGAAUUUUGCCAUGGCAGCGGUGUGCGCGGUGUUGAUAGAUACACAGUUGUGUCUGCCUCCAAGCCUCUUCCCAAGCUCGGUGGUGGCGAUCAAGAACUGGUAUGCUCGCGAGUUCGAUGAUUAUCUCGUUGAACAGAAGCCUCAUUUCUUGGUUGGCCUCAUUUGGGUUGAGCUUACAUUGCAGUGGCCUCUUCUCGUUGCCAACUUGUAUGCAAUUUUGACUGCUAAGCCUUGGUUCAACACCACCUGCUUGGUCUAUGGCAUCUCUUUCUUCACUACCAUGGGCGCUGUAUUAACAGAGAUGUUAAGGUCCGGCAAGGCAUCUAAGAAAAUGUUGAAUGUGCACUACGCUGCUAUGGGGUUGGCUGUUCUGUCCAUACUGCGCGGUCUGCUCCCACCGUCCGCUGCCGCUACUCCAACCAGCGGCAAGGGAACAACCAAAAGGACCGCCCCACAAAAGAAAAUGAUGUAGACCUCAAAUAUUUUUAUCAUUUUUGUUUUCUGGUUAAUUAUACGCUUUGUUGAGCUUUGGUUCUGUCUUUCAACGAAGAACCAAAAAAAACUUCGUAAGAGUUAAUCAUUGUGAUUGCCAGGACAAGCUAUGAGAUUCAAUAGAUGGAGGUAUGAGUUAUUUUAA